AUGGCUACUUCAAACCAUUCUUCAGGGGCUGAGUUUAACCUGGCAGGCUUGACACAACGCCCAGAACUUCAACUGCUACUCUUCCUCCUGUUCCUUGGAAUAUAUGUGGUCACAGUAGUGGGGAACCUGGGCAUGAUCUUCUUAAUUGCUCUCAGUUCUCAACUUCACUCUCCAGUGUAUUAUUUUCUCAGUCAUUUGUCUUUCAUUGAUCUCUGCUACUCCUCUGUCAUUACCCCUAAGACGCUGGUGAACUUUGUUUCAGAGGAGAACAUUAUCUCCUUUCUGGAAUGCAUGACUCAACUGUAUUUCUUCCUUAUUUUUGUAAUUGCAGAAGGCUACCUUCUGACAGCCAUGGCAUAUGACUGUUGUGUUGCUAUCUGUCGCCCACUGCUUUACAAUAUUGUCAUGUUCCACAGGGUCUGUUCCAUAAUGUUGGCUGUGGUAUACUCACUGGGUUUUUUGGGGGCCACAGUCCAUACUACCCGCAUGUCAGUGUUGUCAUUCUGUAGGUCUCAUACUGUCAGUCAUUAUUUUUGUGAUAUUCUCCCCUUAUUGACUCUGUCUUGCUCCAGCACCCACAUCAAUGAGAUUCUGCUGUUCAUUAUUGGAGGAGUUAAUACCUUAGCACCUAUAAUGGCAGUCCUUAUCUCUUAUGCUUUCAUCUUCUCUAGUAUCCUUGGUAUUCAUUUCACUGAGGGGCGAUCCAAAGCCUUUGGCACUUGUAGCUCCCAUCUCUUGGCUGUGGGCAUAUAUAUGUCUAUAACAUUCAUGUAUUUCAAGCCCCCUUCCAGCAAUACUAUGGAAAAAGAGAAGGUGUCUUCUGUGUUCUACACCACAAUAAUCCCCAUGCUGAAUCCUCUAAUCUAUAGCCUGAGGAAUAAGGAUGUGAAAAAUGCACUGAGGAAGAUGACUGGGGGAAGGCAGUCAUCGUGA